GCCGGGAGGAGCGUUAGCUUCUGGACCAGUCGUUGUCUGAGAGUCUGUCGAUCCGGCAGGAUGAACCUCUGCGCCCAGUAUCUACGACAGGCAGAGGCCCUGAAGGCUGACAUGACAGAUUCUAAGCUGGGGGCGGCAGAGGUGUGGACGUCCCGGCAGGCCCUGCAGGACCUGUACCAGAAGAUGCUGGUGACCGACCUGGAGUACGCUCUGGACAAGAAGGUGGAGCAAGACCUGUGGAAUCAUGCAUUUAAGAACCAGAUCACCACGCUGCAGAGCCAGGCCAAGAACCGAGCCAACCCCAACCGCAGCGAGGUCCAGGCCAACCUGUCGCUGUUUCUGGAGGCAGCUAGUGGCUUCUACACACAGUUACUGCAGGAGCUGUGCACCGUCUUCAACGUGGACCUGCCGUGUCGCGUCAAAUCCUCUCAGCUCGGCAUCAUCAGCAAUAAACAGAGCAACACCAGCGCCAUCGUCACCCCGCAGCCCAGCUCCUGCUCCUACAUCUGCCAGCACUGCCUCGUCCACCUCGGAGACAUCGCGCGUUACCGUAACCAGACCAGCCAGGCCGAGUCUUACUACCGACACGCAGCUCAGCUGGUUCCAUCCAAUGGUCAGCCGUACAACCAGCUGGCUAUCCUGGCCUCCUCUAAAGGAGACCACCUCACCACCAUCUUCUACUACUGCCGCAGCAUCGCAGUCAAGUUCCCCUUCCCCGCAGCCUCCACCAACCUGCAGAAGGCCCUGUCCAAGGCUCUGGAGAGUCGCGACGAGGUGAAAACCAAGUGGAGCGUGUCCGAUUUCAUCAAGGCCUUCAUCAAAUUUCACGGUCAUGUCUACCUGAGCAAGAGUCUGGACAAACUGGACGGGCUGAGGGAGAAACUGGAGGAGCAGUUCCAGAGGCUGAUCCUGCAGAAAGCCUUCAGCUCUCAGCAGCUGGUCCACAUCACAGUCAUCAACCUGUUUGAGCUGCACCACCUCAGAGACCUGACGGCCGACGGCAGUGAGCAGAGCUACAGCAGCGAGCAGCAGAUCAGCUGGUUCCAGCUGCUCGGACUCUUCAUGUCCUUCCUGGGCGUCAUGUGCAGCCGUGUCCUGCUCAACAAGAACAGGGGGGAGGAGAUCAUGGGGGAGUGUCCUCUGCCGGCCAUCAAAGUCUCUCUGGACUGGCUCAAACUGAGACCCAGCGUUUUCCACGAGGCCGCCGUCGACCAGAGGCAGCACGUUUGGCCCUGGCUCGUCUCCAUCCUCAACAGUUUCCACCCCAAAGAGGACGACGUGUCCUGUUCCUCAGUCACACCCCUGCCGGAGGAGUUUGAGCUCCAGGGUUUCCUGGCUCUGCGGCCCGCUCUGAGGUCUCUGGACUUCACUAAAGGUCAUCAGGGAAUCCUGGUGGACAGAGACGGUCUGCCGGUCCACACUCGCCACCAGAGGCUCGUCAGUCUGGGCAAGUGGGUGGCCGACAACCAGCCGGGGCUGAUUCAGUGCAGAGUGAGCGAGGACGGUCUCCUCGUCUUCAUCACUGACAUUCCAGAGCAGGCCAUCGAGGAGCCGCAGGAGAAGGAGGCGCCGGUGCUGCAGGAGUCGUCCAACGGCGAACAGACGCCCAACGACGGCGGGAACUCGGGCCUGAAGUCGGUGCUGUCGGCGGGGAAGACGCAGAGCUCGUGGCCGGACGGGAGCGACCGACCCGUCGUCACCUUCAAGGAGAACAUCAAACCCCGAGAGCAGAGCCGCGAGCCGAUGCGGAACCAUCAUCAGAAGGACGGCGGCGGCAAAGAGCGCAGCAGGGACUUCGCUAAGGGUAACGGGGCUGCUGGGAAAGGAGAGCUGAAGAGGGACGGGAAGAGGAAGAGCGAGCUGAAGAAAACCGGUCACGAGAAAACGACUGAUGCUGGAAAACAGGUGAAGGCUCAGGUGGAGCUGAGGAAGACUCCGGUGUCUGAGGCGAAGAAGACGCCUGUCACUCAAACUCAAACCACCUGCUCCUCCCAGUUCAUCCCCAUCCAUCAUCCUGGAGCCUUCCCUCCACUGCCCAGCCGACCUGGUUUCCCCACCUCGGCCUACGUGAUCCCUCCUCCGGUGGCGUUCCCGGGGCUCCAGGUGAAUCCGGGCUUCACCUUCUCCACCGGCGUGUCCGUCCCCGGACCCUUCCUGCAGCAGGCGGUCCACACCCAGGCCGGCACGCAGGUCCAGGCCGGGAAGCAAUCCCACAUUCCCUACAGUCAGCAGAGGCCCUCUGGGCCGGGUCCGGGUCAGGGGCCGGGCUCCUCGGGACAGGGCCCGGGCCCCAUGAACCAGGGCCCCUCCCAGGGACAGCAGCCCCAGGCCCAGCCGCCGUCCCAGCAGGCCUUGCAGCAGUCGGUCCAGCUGCAGGUGCAGGCAAUGAGCCAGCAGCAGCAGUCUCCCACCAAACCGGUCCAGCAGGUCGGGAUGGGGAAGAGUCCACCUCACCACCCGGGACUACAGCAGCAGUAUAUGCAGGUCCAGGACCAGCCGGCUCAGAUGUGGAACCAGGCCCAGGCGGCCCUGCAGAAGAUGAAUCCCAUGCAGAUGUCAAUGAAGCAGCAGCAGCCGCCGCAGCAGCAGCCGCCGGCCUUCUACAUGGCGCCUCAGGAUCCUCUCAAACUGUACGAGCACCAGCUGCAGCCGCCCUCACAGCUCAGCAUGGACAAGAAGAUCAAGUACCCCGACGUCAAGAUGCAGGACUUCUACUGGGAGCCGUCCUACAGGAUGGGCGACGGUCUGGCCGUGAUGGCGGACAGGAUGAAGAGGCCCCCGCCGGGUGGGAUCUGCUCGGAGCAGGAUGCCUCUGCCGGGCCCCGGGGGCCCCCGUUUGAGGACAACAAGAGCUCGCCUCUUCUACCUCCUGACCUGUUAAAAACUCUAGCAGAUUUUGAGGAGGAGGAGGAGCUCAUCUUUACUAAGCCUCCUGAUUUCUUCCAGGCCUUGGCCGGCCCUCUUAGCACUGCUCCUGGACCAAACAUAUUUCUGCCGAAUCAGACCAGGAUGGAGAGCGGCCCUGAGGUCGUCAGCCAAUCAUCUUCUCUGCUGCCCAUGCCCGGCUUCCCCAUGCAGGAGUACAACCAGAACAGCAUCUUCAGUCAGGCCUACGGCAAGAACCUGCCGCCCAGCUCCAAGCCCGACGCUCCCAUGGUGCACCAGGAGCCGUCCCUCUACUCCCUCUUUGAAGGGACUCCCUGGUCCCCCUCGCUCCCCGCCAGCUCAGACCACUCCACCCCGGCCAGCCAAUCCCCUCACUCCUCCAACCCCAGCAGCCUGCCCUCCUCCCCCCCAACACACAACCACGGAGCCAUGCCCUUCUCUAACUUCGGGCCCAUCGGCACUCCGGACAGCCGGGACCGCAGGGUAGUGGACCGCUGGAAGGCCGACAAGACCGGUCAGGUGAGCGGGUUCGGUCUGGACUACCUGCCGGCUGCAGCCUCCUCUGCAGCUUCAGACACCAGCUGGCACCAGACCGGACCGACCGGCAGCUCCUGGACCAAUCAGGAGUCUCCGAUGGAGGAGUCGUCGUCCACUGUGCUGCUCGACAGCCUCAAGUCCAUCUGGUCGAGCUCCAUGAUGCAGCCGGGCCCGUCGGCGCUGGAGCAGCUCCUCCUGCAGCAGAAGCAGAAGCAGCAGCGAGGUCACGGCGCCAUGAACCCGCCUCACUGAACGCAGCCGAUGCGGCGCUUUGUGUCCGGACGUCAAAACGACCACCACCAGGAGAAACGGGAGGAAAAAAAAACAGAAGUUUGACGAAGACGAGCUCCAACUAAAAUGGAAAAUUAAACCGGCGAGAAACGGUGGAGGCUGGGGAGGUGACACGACCCCCCGACGAGGCUGAAACACCACCCCCCACCCCCCUCGGCUGUCGAGGAGCGGUGACUCCCCUCCUGGAUCGGAGGGCGCGGGAUCUCUUCAACCACGGUGCCACGCGCCACGCCACCGCCGGGUUUCCUUCAACCCGCGGACAUCUGAACAUUGAGGAACACAACCCCCCCCUCACCACAACUGCCCCCCCUGGUUUUUGGACAGACGCCACAUCUCCACGAACUCCUCUCUCAUCCGAUCUGGAAGAACUUCUUCUUUCUUUGAAACAAAAAAAAAUUAAAAAAAAGCAGCGACCUCGCGGACGUCUGCUCGGUCCUGUCGGAGCGCCUGUUUUUAGCGUCUCCGCCGCCGCUGCCGCAGACUGAAGCGGGGGUGUAGCGAGAGAGCGAGGACGGUGUGGUGGUCGGGUUCAGGGGGGGGGUCAGGUGAAGCACUGGGGACAAAACAACAGACUGGACUUUCUGAUCUCUCCGUUCAUUUUCAUAACUGUGGAGGAGGAGGAGGAGGAGGAGGAGGAAGGCUCUCUGUAGCUGAUUGGUUGAAUGAAGGAAGGACGGACGGUUUGGGUUACAGCUAUAUAAAUAUAUAAAUAAAUAUAUAUUGCCAUAGUUGGACUUUAAACGGGCCUUGUCUCUUAGCCGUGCUGUGAGAAUCAGGAGUGACUCAGGUGUGUGACCUCACCUGGACCGACGCUCGCUCCACGUCCCACCUUUUCUUUUGAGGGAAGAGCCGCGAGGCCCGACGACGGGACGGCGUCACGAUGCCAGUAAACGUCACGGGAAAGGAGGAAGUAGAAGGGGGGGGGGCUAAGAACACAAACCCCGUCAGUCUUAGGGAUAGUAUUAUCGUUAGCUUCAGAGACGCAGAUAUUAACAAAAAAAAAACCUGUAUUUUGUGAUUUGUUCGUAGCAGUUUUAGCUUCACGCCCUCUGAGGUGAACACAGGUAUGUCUAUUAGCUUCCUGCUUGAAUAUUUUCGGGGUUCUCUUCCUCUCCGGCCUCUUCUUCCUGUUACUUCUUUACUUAACGAAGAAAAAAAAAACAAAAGGUGUAAAACCCCUGCUCGCUUACUUAACCUGCAUUUACUGUUUCUUUUUGUUCAUGUUCUGCCUUUUUACUAGUUUGAAGCAGCUGUCGGCUCUUCUGUGCCUGCUCACUGUCCCUCACUGCUGACUGCUGUAGAGGUUAGCACCGGGCCGCAGACAGACAGGCAGACAGGCAGACAGGCAGACAGACAGGCAGACAGACAGGUGGGUUGUACAGGUAGAAUGUUUCCACUAUCUUCUCUUCAGUAACCACUACUCGCCUGCAGCUCCGCCCUGUACAGCUGAUGUUUUAAUGGACGUUGCCUGGAGGCUUUUAUUUCUCCUCUGACUGAAGCCCAGGAACUCCGGAGCCGCAGGAACCAGAACUCAGGAAGUGAAAUCCUCCUGUGGUGCACAGAGAUUUACAGUUUUCCCGCCUCUGACGAACCGUGAAAACGAAGCCGUUAAGUUCAAGUUCAUUUGUGUCGUAGCUUUACACAAGGUUAACGGUAUGUUAAUGAAUGUGUGGAACAACAAGAACCUGGUGAACUCAGCAAUAAAAACAGGCAUUAAAUGAAUCAGAAAUAAUACAAUUAAAAUGUAAGAUUCAAUUAGAUGAAAAUGAUGUAAAAGAUCAGAUCAGAGUUCUCACACGAACAACAACAGAGCCAGUGUUGUUAUUGUUUUAUUGUCAGUUGAUCUGGUUGUUUUCAAUGUGUAACGUUUAGAAUAUUAGAAAAUACUGUGGGGAAGAUAAUAUGAUUUUUUAAUUAUCAAUAAGUUAACCACAAGCAGCUCCCACCGGUUUGUAUAAGAUGUCAGAGGAUGACUAAUAAAAUAAAGGUUUACUGAUGAGUCCCAGCAGAUUAUUGUUUUACAGAAACAAAAACGGUUAAAAUAUUUUAAUUGUUGAUUUUCACAGAGUCCAGAGGGACUGAGCGAAGUAAAUAAAAAUCCAUCCAUCUAUCUGCUGAUGGACUAAUUGAUUAAUCCGUUAACUCUCAGUGCUGAGUUUUGUCUGACAGGAGACGGAGUGCUGGUCUUAUUUUGAAGUCUUCAGUCCUCCCUGAGACUUCCUUCCUGCCCCAUCAGGACUUUUUAGAAUGAUUUUAAGUCCAGAACUAAAUGAAAAGUUGCUGACGAGGUUCCUCGGCUCCGGAUCCGGUUCCUGCGGUUGAGACGAGCUGUGAGCGUUUACACGCCGUGAGUCCCGGUAGGUGUAGAGCCAAUCAGAGAGCAGCGAGUGACAGCUGACCAAUCGCCAGGCUCUGAGGCUUCAGGCUUUAGCGGGACGAGGCGGUUUAGACUGCAGCACUGUAAGUAACUUCCUGUCCGGUUUUCUAUCUGAAGUUCUGAGGGAUUAAAAAAAGAAAGAAGCCUGUUUUUAUUUUCCCACCAGGGCGUUUUAUUAAAGCAGACUUCAUAGAGACGUGUCUAUUUUCCGUGUGAUUGUGCUUUUCAUGUUGCAUUUACAAAAUGUAUUUGAAAAAUAAUAAAGAUAAAAUAUUAUUGAAUGUGAGGACGAAUUGGCCAGAAGCAUGGAGGAGAGCGUCUGAGCUGGACUGGUUCUGGUUGCCUUUGGGUUUUUCUUUUCCUUUUUUUUUUUUCUUUUCUUUUCUUUUUUUUUUUGAGUAAGAACUAAAUGGCGUCGGAUCUGGCGAUUCCACUCUGAUGUGUGGGAGGUGUCGGAGCGGCGGGUCUGAGGUUCUGGUGGCGAAGCUGGUUCAGGUCUGAGCUGUGACUCGGAGGCGUUUUGUGUUUGUCUCUCUGUAGACGUUGAGAACCGGAGGAAUCGGCCUUUAAAUAAACGUAAACCUUGUUCUCCCUUGA